UCAAACAUUACUCUCCAAACUCUCGAAUUAAUUUUCAGUCUGUUUUCUCUUUAGGUGAAUAAAAAAAAAAAACUCCUACGCGUGUUAAUUUAUCUAAAAGAAAGAGAGAGUUUAUCUUCACUUUGUGUAGGUGGUGAUGGUAAUGAUGAUGAUCAUGAUGAUAAUAAUGAUGGUGUUGUUCUAAACCAUCUCCAAAAAAUACACAAUAGUUUUUCCAUUAUUAUCUCUCUUCUCUCUCUCACACAUACACACCAUCUAUUUCCAUUUCCUACGGACAAAAUAAGAGAAAAAAAAAAAACAAAAAAAAAUAAUAAUAACCGUGGUCGUGUCAUCAUCACUUGAUAUUACUAUUGAAUUAACGUUCUAUAAAAUCAUCAAAGUUGAAUAAUAUAACAGUGUUGAUCAUUAUUAUUAUUAACAAUGAUAAUUAAAAGAAAAAAAAAAAACACAACAAAUGUGUUUGAUUUAAUUGUUUAUUCAUAAAGGAUUGUCUUUGAUAAAAUUAUUAAAAAAAGGUGUGAGUUAAAUUGUACAAUUACCAACAUUUAUUUUUUAAUAUAAAUACAUAUAUCUUGUUGUUGGUUAUCUUGAUGAUUCAUUUAUUUUUUAUCUAAAUUAUGACUGUUGAUGUAUUUUAAUAGACAACAAUAAAAGUUUUUUUGUUAAUUUGUUUAUUAAUUUAAUUAAAAAAUUAAUAUAUAAAAAAUAAAAAUAUAUUUAAUUUGUUGUUGAGGAAAUGGAAAAAUGUAUUUUAUUAUAAAAUUUUGGUGGAUAUACUGGAUAUUUGAUAGUGUCAAUAUUGUUUUGACAUUUCCUAUAAAAUUGACAGAAACAAAUAGAGAUGACAUUGAAAAGUUGCAAUAUCAAUUUCAAUAUGUUGUAACAUCUGGUGCUGGAUUAUUGAUGUUGAUAAUUUGUGUUGUUGGUUGUAUGUGCUGUAAAAAACAACGUAAUUUGUCAAAAGGUUUUGAGAAUUCUAAUGGAGUUGAUAAACAGAAAUUUAAUAAUGGAAGUACAGCUGGUAGUGAACGUGGACUUGAACUUGAAGCACCAAGAUUUGAAAGUGAAGCUAAAUUACAAUUAAAAUCAUUAUCAGUUGAUAAUUUUGUAAAUGAUAUUAAAAUAAUAAACAAACCAAAACCACCAAUAUUAUUACAUGAUGAUGAUGAUAAUAAUAUUGAAUAUGAUGAAAAAUUAACAAUAAAUGAAUGGCUUGAUUCUGAUCUUCAUGUAUCACGUGAUUGUUUAAAAUAUUUAUGUGAAAUUGGUCGUGGUUGGUUUGGCAAAGUUGUUGAAGGUACACAAACUACAAAAACAACAAGUAAUAUUGAUAAUAAUGAAACUAAUAAUAAUCCAAAAAGUAUUAUUGUUAGAAUAUUAACUGAAGAAGCAUCAACAAAUGAAAAAUCAUGGUUUUUAAAUGAAUCAUUAUUAUAUUUAAAAUUAAAACAUAAAAAUAUAUUAUCAUUAUAUGGUAUUUGUAUUGAAAAUGAUCCGUAUCUUUUGAUAUUUGAAUCAUGUAAAUUUGGUGAUUUAAAAAGUUUUUUAAUUAAAAAUAAUAAUUCAAAUGAUUUAAUUAAUAAUAAUGUUAUAUUAAAAAUGACAAUUGACAUAACAUCUGCACUUGAUUAUAUGCAUAAAAAUGAUUUUUCACAUACUGAUUUAUCAGCAAGAAAUUGUUUAGUUACAAAUAAUUUAACAAUUAAACUUGGUGAUUAUGGUAUUAGUGUUGAUAAAUAUCCAAAUGAUUAUUAUGUUGUUGAUGAUCGUGCAUUACCAAUACGUUGGUCAGCACCAGAAAGUAUUAUUUGUACAGAUACAACAAUUGUCACACGUUCAAUAACACAAAAAGCAAAUAUUUGGAGUUAUUCAAUAUUAUUAUGGGAAAUUAUUAAUUGGGGAAAAAGACCAUAUGAUGAUUUAUGUGAUGAAAAAGUUAUUGAAAUGAUAUUGCUAAAUAAAUAUCAUGAUAAUUUAAUUAUAAAUAAUGAUAAUACAUGUAAAUUAUUAUGUUUAAUUGAUGCUAUGAAAUUAUGUUGGAAAUAUUUGCCAAAUGAACGUGCAACACUUGAUGAUAUACAGAAAAUUUUACAUGAUAAUAUUAAUGAUAGCUUUGAUGAACGUUGGAGUAUACUUGGAAAUAAUUUUAAAGAACUUGGAAGAUGUACAAGUUUAAAAGAAUUACGUAAAUAUAAUGAUGAUGAUGAUGAUAAUAUAAUGAAUAAUGAAAUUAAAAUAUCUACAUCAUCGUCAUCAAUAUUAAAUACAAAUCAACAACGUGCAAUAUUUAAACUUGGACCAGAUGAAUUAAUAAUUAAUAAUAAUCAAUUAUCAAAUGAAUCUGGUUCAGAAACUGAAGAAGAAAGUUGGCGUGGUAGAGUUGAACGUGGUGUUUAUACUGAAAAAGUAAAACAAAAAUCAAAAUCAGUUGCUGAUUUAAUGAUUCUAACACAUAUUGAUUCUGAUUCAGAUGUUGAAUUAUCAUCAAUGGCAUCACAAAUAAAUGAUAAAAUUGGUAAAAAAAAAUUAACAACAACUGGUAGUGUUGAUGAUUUACGUUUUACAAAAUUAAAUACAACAAAAUUUAAUGAUGAAUUAAAAAAAUUACGUAAUCCAAUAAAUAAUGAUAUAAUAUCCAAAGAAAAAUUAGAUAAUAUUAAUAUUAAAUUUACAUCAACACCAAAUAAAAUUAAUAAUUAUAAUAAUAAUAUAAAUGAUGAUAUAAAAAGCAAUUAUGUUGAUGUUGAACUUUGGAAUAAUGCAAUUGAAUAUGAACUUGAUAAUAAGAUACCUGGUUUUGAUAUUGAAACAAUAACAUUUGAUGAUAAUUUAAUUGUUAAUAAUGAUGAAAAAAAUAUAAUAAAAACAACAACAACAACAGCAACAACACCAGAUACACCACAAUCACAUGAUGGUGAUGUGUCUGUUGAUGAUGAUGAUAUAGAAAAAAUAAAUAGAAUAACAACUUGUGAUGAAGAAGAACGUAAAAAUUUAUCAACACCAGAUGAUGAAAGAAGUUCCGACAGUGGUUUUCGUGAUAAAGAAUCAUGUGAAGAUGAAGAUAAUCAAAUAACAACAAUUAUUGAAUCAUUAUCAUACAAUAGUUUACCAGCAACAUCAAAUUCAACAACUGAAGAAGAACAAUUAAAAAUACUUUAUGAACUUGAUUGUAUUUUAGAUGCUGAAUGUAGUGGUAAUUAUGAAGAUAAUAAUUAUCAAUUAAUAACAAAAGAAUCAUCUUCAAAUAUUGAAUAUAAUAAUGACAUUCAAUCAUCACAAUUAUCAUCAGAUAAUGAUGAUAAUAAUCAAUCAAUUAUUGAAGUAAUAAAUAACAUUGAUGAUACUGAAUUUUUAGAUAAUAAUAAACUAAUAAAUAAUACUGAUAAUUGUACAAAUAAUAUAAUUAAUAAUAGUAAUAAUAAUGAUGAUGAUGAAAGUUCAACAAUAAGUUUAAAAAGUGACAAUUCAUAUGUAUCAUUUCAUUUGGAUGAUGAAUUUGUUGCUGCAAUUAGAAAUGAGCUACGUGAAAAACUUCCACAUGCACAAAUGUCAAUUGUUGAAGCACCAGAAUUACAUGAUGAUGAUGAUGAUAAAAAUACAUCAAUUAAUAAAAAUAUAACACCAACAAGUGCCUGGAAUUAUGAUGACGAGGAUGAUGAUAAUGAUGAAACAAAAAAUUGUGAUUUUAGAAAAAAUAUUGAUAUUGCAAUAAGAUAUAAUAUUUAUGGUACACCAUUGAGUCCAAUAAUGGAAGAACGUGAAAGUACUGUAACAUCUGAUGCAUUAUUAUCAAAAGAUAAUUCAAAUGAUUUAUCAGAUGCAUCAAAAUUAUCAAAUUUACCAGAUGAUGAAGUUAUUAUAAUUGAUACUAAAACAAAUAAAUUUUUAUCAAUUGAUGAUGAUGAUCGUGAUACAACAAAUGGUGAUUUAUCUGACGAUGAAAAUAUGGAUUAUAUUGUUGAAAAUAAUAGAGUUAAAUAUAAGCUAUCGAGUGAUAAUAAAUUUUUAAAUUGUGGUGUACCAUUACCAAGUCCAGAAGAGGAAUCAAAAUGGCAUGGUAAAUUUACAAUUCCAUUGGCAAAUCAACAGGAUGUUAUUAUGUCAACAAGUUUUAGUAAUGAUCAUGAUUGGAAUAGUCAAGAUGAGGAUGAUGAAGAUGAUGAGGAUGAAAAUACAACAGAUAAACAUACUGAUGAUGAUGAGGAUGAGGAUGAAGAUGAUGAAGAAAAUAGCUCAAGUUCUGGUGAAUUUGUUUGGAAACCUUAUGAUGAAAAAACAAUUGAUAAAAAUGACAACAAAGAAAUUAUAAAUACAAAUGAAUUGAAUGAUAUCAAAGAAAAAAUUGAUGAAGAAGAAGCAGCUGAUGAUGGAGAUGAUGAUGAUGAUGAAGAAGAAGAAUUUACACCAUCAGCUUGGGAUGCAACACUUGCUCCACAUAGAUCUGCUCUUAGAUCACCUGAAAAAAAAACUACAAAAACAGGAGAUCAAAAAAAAAAUGUGUGGUUUAAAAAACAACGUUAUCAUUGUGUCUAUGAAUAUCCAAAAGAAACACCAGUAUCAGAUUGUCAGGGACAAGCUGGUACAACUUGGGAGCCAACAUCAUAUGCUGAUUGGGAAGAAAUGAUGGACGAGCCAAAACUUGAUGUUUAUUCAAUUGACUAUGAUGAUUCAAAUUUUACUGGUGAUGAAGAAUUUUCAGUUAGCAGUGGUAGUCGUCCAUUCCAAUUCAAUGCUGGUAAUGGUAAAUACGUUAGUCAAUUUUUUCCAGGUGCAAGUACAGAUACAACACAAUUAAAUAAUGAAAAUAUACAAAUUGAUAAUCAACAGCAGAAACAAUUAGGUGAACUUCGUCAUACUAGAAAUAAAUUAAAGCUUAAUUUAUCAAUAAAUAAUGAUAAAUUAAUUAAUUCAACAAUAAUUAAUUUAUCUGAUGAUAGUGAUAAUGAUAAUACAAUAAAUUUUGAAAUAAAUAAUAGUUCUGAAUCAUCAAAAGAUGAUAGUGGAUCAAAUUUAGUAUCAAUUGAAAGAUCAUCAAUUGAAUCAUCAUCAGAAUUAUCAUGUAAUGAUGAUUUAAAUGGUAAAAAUAAUAAUAUUGAAAUUAAUAAUACAUCAAAAUCAUCUGGACGUCCUUUAUCUAUUCAAAAUAAUAAUUAUGUUGAUGAUAAUAUGACAUCAAUGACUCAUGAACAUCAUAAAGAUGAUAAUAAAUUAACUGAUAAUAAUGUAAAUGAUACAGUUAAAUUGUCCAAUGAUGAAAGUAAUAUUAUCAAUGAUUUAACAUUACCAAAUAAAUUAAAUAAUGAUAGCAAUGAUUUACAUGAAAUUCAUCAAUGAAUUUCAUUAUUGAAUAUUUCGAUUGAAAUUAAAAAAUAAUUAACAGAAAAAAAAAGGUAAUAAGAGCUCAAUUGGCAAUAAAUCCGUCCUAUAAAAAAAAAAAUAAAUAAUAACACUCAAAGGAUUUAAAAAACAAAAGAAAAAAUAAUAAUUUUCUUUUUUUUUUUGUAAAUAUUUAAUUCUUAUUAGUGCAAAAUAAUUAUUUUAGAAUUUUUUUUUUUUAUAAAAGUUGAUACAGAGCACCAGUUUAUGUAAAUAUUUAUAACAAUUUAUAAUUUUUAAUUAAUUAAGAUGACUAAAUAUAAAUUUUAAUUUGUUGAUUAUACAUAGGUAAAAUAAUUUUAAUUUAUUAAGACAAAAGGGUAAAACGUAAUUUAUAUUGUUGCUAUUUUUUUUAAAUAAUAAUUUCAUGUAAUUUUAUUUAAAUUGAUCUGAAAUUAAUUAAUUUGUUAUAUCAUGAGCUCUCUAUUUUUAAAAGUAUUAUGCAUUGAUGCAGAAUAAACUAAAUAAAAAUAAAGGCAAAUAAUAGGAUUUGAAAAAGAAAAAAGAUUUGAAUGAAAUUAAAAAAAAAAAGGCAUUAAAAGGGUCAUUGACCUUGACGUUAAAUCCCAUCACCAGAGGAAGUUGUGAUAAUUUUUUUUUUCAUCUCUUAUUUUCAGUCAAUUUAUUUUAGUCUUAUCAUGUGAACAGUCAUCCUUCCGGUCUCAAAAAUCAUGCACCAAAAUUAAUUGUUUAUAAAUAAAAAGUAAAAUUUUAUUAUAUAUUUAAAAUUGUGCAAUUUUUCAUAAUUAAUAUAAAUUUAAAAUUAAAUUAUUAAAUUUCAUAAACGUUAUUAAUAAAAUUGCCUUUAUAAAUUCAUCAAUGCCUUAAAUAUAAUUUUCAUUAAUUUUUAUACUUACUAAUUUAUUUUGAAAAUUUAUAAUGCUUAAAUUAUUGUUACUAUUAGCUUUAUUUAACAAUAAAUAAUUUAAAAAAUCAAUUAUUGUUAUAAAAAAAAAAAAUUACAAUGUUUAUAUAAUUUUUGUUUAACAAAAAAUAAGUUUUAUUUUGUUGAAUGAACACCAAUAUUGCACAAAUAUACACAAUUUUAAUAAAAUUUCAAUAAAUGUAAAAAAUUAUGCAUUAUAAUAAAUGACUAUUAUUAAAAAUA